CCCUGUCCCUCUGUCCCUGUCCCCACGGCUGUCGCUGUCCCCAGCGGUACCUGCGGUCUGCAGCCCAUGGCCGAGGAGUUCGGCGGCGGCUCCGGGGCCGUUGCCGGGGCCUGGCCGGGGCUGGCGAGCAUCCAGGACCCGCUGCGGGCCGGCAGCGGCCACGUCUGCGGCGGGAGCCUGAUCGCCCCCGGCUGGCUGCUCACGGCCGCCCGCUGCCUGCCCCGCGCCCGGAACGUCAGCGCCUGGCGGGUGGUGCUGGGCGCCGCCGACCUCAGCGACCCCGGGCCCGAGGCGCAGGUGCGGCGGGUGCUGCGGGCGCGGCGGCACCCGGGGCUGGACGUGGCGCUGCUGCAGCUGCAGCCGCCCGCAGAAUGCAGCGACUUCGUGCAGCUGGGCUGCGUCAGCGAGGCCGGGCCGCCGCGGGGGCUGCAGCGCUGCUACAUCGCGGGCUGGGGCCGCGUGGAGGACACGGCCCCGCCGCGGGAGGUGCUGUGGGAGGCGCAGGUGCGGCUGCUCCAGCCCGAGCGCUGCGACGGCUCCGGGGCCGCGGCCUCGCCCCAGGUGUGCGCGGAGCACUCGGGGGGCGGCUCCGGCACCUGCCAGGUGAGCGCCCCGCCCGCUGCCCCGCCCGGCCCCGCCCGGCCCUGCCCCGCUCCGGUCCGCGUCCACGCCCCCUCCGCCGUAGCCCCGCCCCCGGCGAUGGCCCCGCCCCGUUCCCGCCGUGCCCCGCGCUCCAAGAUGGCGGCGCCGUGGCCGCUGCUGGCGCUGCUGGCGGCGGGGACGGCGCUGGGCCGGGCCGGGGGGCUCUGCCGGGGGGGAACCGGCACCGGCACCGGAGCCAGGGCCGGUGACACCGAGAGCUGCCGGGUGAGCCUGAGCCUGGAGCACUCCUUCGAGCUGGAUGACGCGCCGCGGUUCCGCCGCCGGGGCUCUCUGUCCCUGAGCUGGGGCCCCGAGCCCGCGCUGGCGCUGAGCCAGAAACCGCUGGGGGAGGAGGAGAGAGCGCGGCUGAGGGAGGUGGCAGCACGGGACGGGCUGUACCGGGUGCGGGUCCCCCGCAGGCCCCUGGGCCCUGGUGAGGAGGGGGACACCGAGUUUGUCACCUCCUUCGUGAGGGCGUGUGCCCUGCUGGAGUCGCACCUGUCGGACCAGCUGUCCCUGCACCUGGACGUGGCCGGGCACGUGGUGGCCCUGGGCGUGGUGGCAGCGCCGGGCACCUGCCGGGGCACCUGGGUGGAGGACGGGCACCUGGAGCUCUUCAACACCUCGGUGGCACUGAGACAGCCCCUGCCCGCCGCCACCCCCGAGACCGCCGCCUUCAUCCGGCACCUGGAGCAGGAGCAGGCCCAGCGCGCCCGGAACCCCCAGGAGCAGAAAUCCUUCUUUGCCAAAUACGUGAGGGACCCCAAAACCCCCCAGCCACCCCCAAAAGCGCACCCCAAAAACACCUGGGAACCCCAGAAAUCACCUGGGAACCCCAAAAUCCACCCCAAAACACCUGGGACACCCCAAACGCUGACGCAGUGA